CUCGUUUCUUACGUUAAAGUCAACCCCCCAGUCGCAUGCCAUUAAUAAAACCGUCAAUUAUAACCGCAUCCAUAAGAAACGGCAGAGUGGAGAUCGACGAUGGCUUCCCGCCGGCGGCGAAGAAGGAAGCUGCUAACCGGUUCCCUCCAGAUUAUUAUAUCCGACCCGCCCUGCGACCAGUUCUGCAAUCCAAAUAAGAACUCAGAGCACGGCCUCCCUUGCCCACUACUCUGCCUCCCUCUCUGUUUCUCCACUUGCAGACGAACCUUACCGCCGUUGCCGCCUCUACACCCCCCUCCCCUGCCGCCUUUGCCGCCUCUUCAUCCUCCUCCCCUUCCGCCGCCGCCGGACUUCAUUUCCCGGGACUCCUCCAGUCCAGUAAAGCACUUCCAGUUCCAGGUGCCUAUUUUCCUCCCCAUGCUCGCCGCCGGCGCAGCUCUCUUCUUCCUCUUCAUGACCGGCUACGUAGUCGUCAGAAAUUGGAGGAGGAGGGGGAGUGGCGGCGGCGAUUCGUCAGAAGAAGACGGCGCGGUUGAUGAGAGGAUGAGUAAUUUGGCGGAGGAUGCGGCGGACAAUCCGAUAUGGCACAUCAGAACCGUCGGCCUAGGGCAGUCGAUGAUAAACCGGAUCACCGUUUCCAGGUACAACCAGAGAGGUGAAGACGGUGAUUGCAGCAAUUGUUGUGUUUGCUUGAGCGAAUUUGAAGAAGGGGAGAGGGUUAGGGUUUUGCCGAAGUGUAAUCACGCCUUCCACAUCCAUUGUAUUGAUACUUGGCUUGCCUCCCACACCAAUUGCCCCAUCUGCCGCGCCCCGAUUUUAGUUCCGGAAGCUACCAUCUCCGCCGCUGCGGCGGCUCCGGGAAGCAGGGGCAGGGGAGGGAUGAUUGAAGAAGGCUUGGAAGGAGAGAGCAGAUCGGGUGUGGGAGAGAGUAGGAUUGAUGAAUUGAAGGGGGGGUCGUUAUUAUCAUCAAUGAAUAAUGGAGCUGAAACUGCUGGAAUUAGAAGAUCAGUUUCUAUGGACUUGGUUCCACAGAAUGGGGAAAUGAGGCCUGUAACAGGGAAGAGCUCUUCAUCGUCAUCUUCAUCUUCAUUAAUGGGUGAGGUAGGGAAGAGAUCACUUUCGUGCAGUGGAAAGAUAAUGUCGUCAAGGUACAACAAAUCGUAGGCGUAGGCUUAGCUAGAUAGCAACCUGAUGCAUGCCAUGGAUCAAGGUGGAUCAAACUAGCCGUUUGUAAGGUGAACUAGUGACCGACUAGAUAAGGUCGCACACACAUGAUUUCAAAAAGUUUCUGAGUUGUGUCUAUCCGUCUCGAUAGCGACUCGAUACGGUGUAAUUUGCAUUGUCAUUAUUCACCUCUGUUCCAAGUUUAAAUGGGAAUGGGAAUUGUAGUGUCUAAAUGUCUAAUAGUGCAAAAAUUAGUGUACUUACUAUGUAGAUACGUUGCCUAAUUACUUGUUUCAUCACUAUUAUCAUUUUCUAGUUUUAUUUGUUUCCAAAUUUAAAUACUUUUGUACAAUCAAAUACUUUGUAAUAUGUUAGCAAUUGCAGUCUGCCCCUCAUAAUGUAGGGUUUUGAGCGCAGUCAUUUGUGCGGAUCCACUUGUAGCACAAUUGCGUUUGUUUUUUCGAUCUGUGCAAUGGUUUCUUUGUCCUGA